CUCCAAAAUCUAUCCAAAUUGGAAAGCACCGUGCAGUGGUCACUGUUGAGUGAUCUCUCGCUCUACAGUCUACACUCACUGCUUUUGAUGGCGGAAACGGCGUCAAAUGCAGCGGAAGCUCCAACGCCGCCGGUCAGGUUGUGGAGGACUGCGUUCUUGACGCUGAGGGAUGAAACGCUAACGGCCCCUCCUUCUUCCUCUUCCACACCCGAUUUGCUCCGUAACCUCAUCUUCUCCCAAUCGUACACUUUGCUAUCCGCGCUCCCUGAACUUCCCUCUCACGAGGUUUUGUCGGACAUUUUGUUUCUGAUGGAACUAGUUUCCGCCAGCUCCUUAAACCAAGAAGAAUGUACUCAUAUUUAUACCCAGACAUCACGUUUGAUCCAUGAUAUAUGUCGUGGUGUCUCCUUCGAUGUGAAUCCCUCAUCUUUCACCGGUGUUGUUAAUGCUUUCAGUAAGAUGCUGGAUCUCUUCCCUGGAAAAGUUGCCAUAGACGAUGAGUCAAACAGAAUUCGCAGUAGCGCGGGAAUAAUCUCUGCUAUUGAAUGUUUGCAGGCUUUCAGAUGCAUUAUUACUUCGUCGCAAAGAAGAUGGUUGCAGUCUGAAGAUACAUUACUGGUUAAAUUUCUACUUGACACUAUUGCUAGCUAUCAAGCUGCAUUUUGGUUGAUACCUCAUUCAAUGAGCAAAGACAAGGUUGAUAUGAGAUUAUCCAUAGAAAGCAGUUCCUGUGAAUUGCAGACUGUUGCUUUUGGGAUGCUCAGCAAAGCAAUCUCACGAGCUGGUUCAUCCUUCUCAGUUGAUAUGUGGAGAUCUAUGAUUAAGGUGGUGAGGAAAACAAUGGAUUUCUUGGCACAAAAAAGUUCAUUUGUGGAAGAUAAUGUGAUGUCCAGGUUUUAUGAAUCUUUUCUAAGCUGUCUUCAUUUGAUCCUCACUGAUUCUAAAUGCUCUGUUUCUGAUCAUGUGUCGGUUUUUGCUGCUGUUCUGCAAAUGUUCUUAACAUAUGGACUUUGUGGUCUAACACCAAGUACACCGGUUCUUAUUGGUCGCGGGGAGAAGGAAUGUAAUGCAGAGAGUCCACGGGCAAGCUGGGAACAAGUGAACAGGUCGAAUCGUACUGCCUAUAGGCCUCCACACUUGCGCAAGCGAGAGUGUUCAAAAAUGAAGCUGAGUAGAGCUUGGGAUUCUCAAAAUAUGUCAGAUAGUGAAUCUUCUGCUGUUAAUUUUACAUCUUCAGAUUCAGAUUUUAGUGAUGGCGAUGGAUCAGCAAAAGAGAGCGGUGGAACACUGAACUCAAGGGUUAGAGUGGCUGCCCUCAUUUGUAUACAGGACCUUUGUCAAGCGGAUUCUAAAUCUUUCUCUAUGCAAUGGUCCCUGCUUUUACCAACUAGUGAUGUGCUACAACCAAGGAAGCGUGAUGCAACUUUAAUGACAUGCUUGUUAUUUGAUCCAUGUUUGAAGGUGCGAAUGGCAUCUGCAUCCACACUAGUGGCCAUGCUGGAUGGUCUUUCUUCCAUCUUCUUGCAAGUAGCAGAAUAUAAGGAUUCUAGCAAAUUUGGAUCUUUUACAGCUCUUUCAAGUUCCCUUGGGCAGAUUUUACUGGAACUUCAUAGAGGUAUUCUGUUCUCAAUACAGCAAGAGGCCCAUGGUAAACUGCUGGCUUUGUUGUUCAAGAUUCUUCGGCUUGUGAUAUUAUCUACACCAUAUUCAAGAAUGCCACCAAAUUUGUUGGCUACUGUUGUGACAUCUGUUAGAACAAGGAUAAGAGAGGGAUUUCAAUUUAAAAGUGACCAGAGUAGUCUAUUGGCUGCUGCUGUUGGUUGCUUGACUCUAGCUCUAUGUUCCUCACCAUCAACUGAAGUGCGGAAGAUGCUUUAUGAGGAGGUUUCUUCAGGUUAUAUUAAAAAUGAAAAGAAGUCAGGUGUUCUCGUUAUGUUAUUUGAGUAUUCAUUGCAAUGGAGCUGCCCAACCAUUUGCCUUGAGGCACUUCAGGCACUGAAGGCUGUUUGCCACAAUUACCCCAACAUAGUCACUGCAUGUUGGGAACGAGUUUCUGCAAUUGUGUCUGGUUUCCUUAGUUUUGGAUACCCUGAAAUAUCUUCAAGGAAGUCAAGUGAACAUGGUGGUUCUCCUACUGCAUUCGUUAGUGAAAAAGUUCUUGCAGCUGCUAUUAAGGUUUUGGAUGAGUGUCUUCGUGCGUUAUCUGGAUUUCAAGGAACAGAAGAUCUUUCGGAUGAUAAGUUGGCGGAUAUUCCAUUUGCGUCUGAUUUCAUAAGGGGGAAGAAAGUGUCAUCUGCUCCAUUGUAUGAAUCAGAAGGCAAAGAUGAUGUAGUAAAUUCUGAGGCAUCUGAAUGUGGGAUUCAUGAAUGGUGUGAGGCUAUCGAGAAACAUAUGCCUUGUAUCUUAUGCCAUUCUUCUUCACUGGUGAGAGCUGCAUCCAUUACAUGUUUUGCGGGGAUGACUUCUUCGGUGUUCAUCUCAUUCACUAUGGAGAAGCAAGGCUUCAUUUUGUCUUCUUUAAUCAAUGCUGCUAUAAAUGAUGAUGUUCCAUCGGUGAGGUCUGCUGCCUGUCGAGCUAUUGGUGUUGUUUCAUGUUUUCCUCAAGUUUGUCAGAGUGCAGAGGUACUUGACAGGUUUAUCCAUGCUGUUGAGAUUAACACUUGUCAUACCCUAAUCUCAGUGAGGAUUACAGCUUCGUGGGCUUUGGCAAAUAUUUGUGACGCUAUUCGUCACACAGUUAGCUUGGAACAUAUGGGUUCAAAUUCUAACCCCAAAUUGAUUGUAUCAUUAAGUGAAUGUGCUUUGCAUCUUACUGAGGAUGGAGACAAGGUAAAAUCUAACGCUGUUAGGGCUCUUGGAUAUAUUUCAAGAAUCUUUAAAUGUUCAACAUCAAGAUUUCAAGACAUGUCAAUGGACCAUCUAGGCCCAAGGACUGAAGGAUAUUCUUGCAGUCAGAAUCUCAUCAAGUGUCAAAGGUCUAAUUCGAACCAUUACCAAUUGGAUUAUCAUGAAAAUUAUUGCAGAUUGGAAAGGAUAGUUAAGGCACUCAUUUCUUGUGUUAUUACGGGGAAUGUUAAGGUCCAGUGGAACGUUUGCCAUGCUCUAGGCAAUCUAUUCCUGAACGAGACCUUAAGUUUGCAAGAUAUGGACUGGGCUUCCGAUGUCUAUGGUGUUCUUCUGCAAUUAUUACGCGAGUCAUCAAAUUAUAAGAUCAGAAUACAAGCUGCAGCUGCAUUGGCUGUGCCUGCGUCAGUGCAUGAUUAUGGCCCAUCCUUCUCGGAUAUUGUGCAAUGUGUGGAGGAUGUAAUGGAGAACAUAGGUCAGGACCAAAUUUCAGGGCCAUCAAAUUUCAAAUAUAGGGUUUCAUUACAAAAACAGCUUACCUUGACAAUGUUACAUGUUCUAAGCUUUACAUCAAGCACGGAUGAUGAUCAGUUGAAAGAUUUUUUAGUUCAGAAAGCAUUGAUCCUUGAAGAUUGGUUCAAGGGACUGUGCUCAUCGGUUGAGGGUGAGCUUGAUGUUCAAGAUAAAAUCAUUACAGACAGAAAGAAAGUGAUGAUAUGCAAUGCAAUACAAUCAUUGACACAAGUCUACAAAGGGAAACAGAAGGAUGCAAUCGCCCAAAGGUUUGAGGAAUUGGAGGGCAGCUUGUGAUGUUUUCUUGAAUGACAGUUUUGGGAAUACCAUCUAUUUUGGGGUGUGAAAAUGUAGUGCCUCAGAGCAAAGCAAGAUAUUGGCGAAUGAUCUUCCCCAAGAUUGCUUAUGAACGGCGAGUGGGUGUACCAAUACUGAGCAAUUGCUACAUUGCAAACACGAGGGUCGUGUUUUCGUCUUUUCAUUAUUUGUGAUAAGUUGUAUCCAUAUACCUAACUUAUGUAAAUAUUUACAUGUUCUGACCUUAAUAACGUGAGGCUUUCUUUAGUUUUUUGUCUCUCCCAUUUAUGAAAACUUGAUUCUUUGAUGAUAUAAAAGGAGAUCCAUUACAAAGUUGGACCAUAA